CAUGCCGGCGUUUUGAAAUGAAAGCCUCACUAAAGCAGCAUUAGCAGGUGUUCUCUGGUAGUUGCUGUCUGCUGCGACGUUCUCUUGUGUACAGCAGUGCCUGUUGUGAAUGAUGUCUGCAGCAAAAUUUUUACCGAGCAUAGAGUCAUUGGGGUAUGAACUGCCAAUGUGCAGAGAAGAAUACGAAAAUUACAAGACGCGCAUCCAAACUUUCAUUGACGAGUACGGAUCUCAAUCCAAAUGGUCCUGUAAGCCACCAGAACUUUCGCCAUCGGUGUGUGCUCGGUUUGGUUGGAAGUGUGUCGGUGACGACAUGCUCUGUUGCGUCUCGUGCAAGUCGCAUCUCGAUUGCCAACUCAAUCUCCGUUUGGGCCACAAGCUGUAUAAGGAAUGUACAGAAAAGCUGGUUUCAUCUCUGAAAGAUGCUCAUAAAAGCUGUUGCCCUUGGAAGACUGCACCUUGUCCGGAGUCCUAUGCUGUCAUGGAGCCAGUGAUGCGUCAUGAAGCCCUUGACCAGUUGCGCGAGAGACUUGGUACACUAGUCCCCAUCUUCUCCUCGCUCCCUUUGCUCAGCACUGAGCAGCUUCAGAAGCAGCUUGGUAAUGAAGCAAUAGCAAAGAUAUGCAAGUUGGCUGGUGAAGAGCGAACAGUCGAAAGCGAACGAGCCAUCUUGCUUGCACUGACUGGCUGGAAGACAGCCAAUCCAACUGAAAAACUGAAGCAACUCAGCUGCGAGUUUUGCUGUAGGAAGGUUGGAACCUGGCUCUACGCAUCUCCCAAGGAGCUCGUCUCAGAGGACACUGGUUGCAAGCAAGAAAACGGCGAUGGACAUGGUGUCAAAAGGAAACACGAGGAGGAAGAAAUGGACCCACUGAAGGAGCAUCGUCCCUGGUGCAUUUGGGUUGUGACUGGAACAUCAGGAAAAAAAGGCUGGGUUGUUUAUAGCGAGUGCCUCCUAAGGAAUCUCGAAUCAAGCAGCGAUCAAACCGGAACUGGCCCUUCUGCUUCAGUUGCUGCAUUUCAAGAAAAAGUUGAACGGAUCCUGAACUCGUGGAAGAAGAUUAAGGUGCCUCCCACUUGAAGCAACUCUGUUAUGCCGGAUGAGAAAUUCCGCAGCUUCGUAUUUCGUAUUAUAUGUUCAAUGUUACAGAUGAUGUUACAAAUUAUGUUAACAGUUGUGAUCUUCAAAAGGUCGAAGCUAUCACGCAAACACAUUCUCGCAAUAAACGUUAUUUAUUUACA